GGGGACCCGAGCGUCCCGGGGGCGCCUCCGCCGGAGGCCCCCGCAGAGCCCAGCGCGGGGCCCCCCGGCCCGGCCCCGCGAGCGGGUGUCCCGGCGCCCCGCCCCCCGCGCUGCCGCCCAGCUGUCGCGGAGGGCGGGGCGGGCUGAUGCAACGGGCUGCCCUGCCCGGCGGGCGCCCCUCACCUGGGGAAGCGGGGUGACUUCUCAGAAACGCGCGGGGGGCGCGGGCGGCGGCCCCGGAAGGGAAACCGAAAGCGGGAGGGGCGGCUAUUAAAGGGGCCACCGCCGCGCCCGCCGCACACCCGCGCCCGCGCUCCUGCUGCACCUGCACGUUUUGUCCGGACCUGUGAGCACGUGUUCCAGCAGCCGCCUAGUCCGCUCCAUCCAGGACCCUGGACAUGGCAGAUAUGUCCAACGGCGAGCAAGAUCUCUUCAGCCUCGUAGCUGCCCAGGGGGAGCUUGUGAAGUCCCUCAAAGCUGAGAAUGCAUCAAAGAAUGUGAUCGACUCUGCAGUACAAAUGUUGUUAUCGCUGAAAAUGAGCUACAAAAACGCCGUGGGGAAGGAGUACAAGGCUGACUGUCCUCCAGAGAAAAAGGCAUCUGGGGCCAGUAGUCCAAAUGCUGGGGGAGAGGAUUUUGUGGACCCCUGGACAGUACAGACAAGCAGUGCCAAAGGCGUUGACUACGACAAGCUCAUUGUUCGUUUCGGGAGCAGUAAAAUUGACAAGGAGCUGAUCAACCGCAUCGAGAGAGCCACCGGCCAGAGACCACACCGCUUCCUGCGCAGAGGCAUCUUCUUCUCACACAGAGAUAUGAAUCAAGUCCUGGAUGCCUAUGAGAACAAGAAACCGUUUUAUCUGUACACGGGCAGAGGCCCCUCUUCGGAAGCCAUGCACGUAGGUCACCUCAUCCCGUUCAUUUUCACAAAGUGGCUGCAGGAUGUGUUCAAUGUGCCCUUGGUCAUCCAGAUGACCGAUGAUGAGAAGUACCUGUGGAAGGACCUGACCCUGGACCAGGCCCAUGGCUACGCCGUGGAGAACGCCAAGGACAUCAUUGCCUGCGGCUUUGACAUCAACAAGACUUUCAUCUUCUCCGACCUGGAUUACAUGGGUUCCAGCCCCGGCUUCUACCGGAAUGUGGUGAAGAUCCAGAAGCACGUGACCUUCAACCAAGUGAAAGGCAUUUUCGGCUUCUCCGACAGUGACUGCAUCGGGAAGAUCAGUUUUCCCGCCAUCCAGGCUGCUCCCUCCUUCAGCAACUCCUUCCCGCAGAUCUUCCAGGACAGGUCCGACAUCCAGUGCCUCAUCCCUUGUGCCAUCGACCAGGACCCGUACUUCCGGAUGACCAGAGACGUGGCCCCCAGGAUCGGCUACCCCAAGCCUGCCUUGCUGCACUCCACCUUCUUCCCCGCCCUGCAGGGGGCGCAGACCAAGAUGAGCGCCAGCGACCCCAACUCCUCCAUCUUCCUCACUGACACGGCCAAGCAGAUCAAGUCCAAGGUGAACAAGCACGCGUUCUCCGGAGGGCGGGACACCGUGGAGGAGCACCGGCAGUUUGGAGGGAACUGCGACGUGGACGUGUCCUUCAUGUACCUGACCUUCUUCCUGGAGGACGACGACAAGCUGGAGCAGAUCAGGAAGGACUACACCAGCGGCGCCAUGCUCACCGGGGAGCUGAAGAAGACGCUCAUCGAGGUCCUGCAGCCCCUCAUCGCCGAGCACCAGGCCCGGCGCAAGGAGGUCACGGACGAGAUGGUGAAGGCGUUCAUGACGCCCCGGAAGCUGACCUACGACUUCCAGUAGCGCCUGGCCCCGCCCUGCAGGGAGGCGCCACUUCCCUGCCUCCCGCCCGCCGAGCCCAUGCCCCGCGCGCUUGGGGGUCCCCCAGUCUGCCUGUCUCCUGGGGGCAGGCUCCAGGGCGCAGUGGGGCGCGGGGGCCAGACCAGUCCCGCCUGAGACCAGCCCCAGGCGUCCCAAAGCAGCGCCUGAGCCCCGUGUGCCCCAGAACGGGCCGUGGGAGCUCCCCGCGCAGGCCCUGCAUGCGGAAGGCCUGGCUGGAGCCCGCCCCGAGCACACCCCUGCUCUGUAGCCAGCCACGCCGUGUCCACCGCGUCACUGCGGGCCCUGUAGGCCAGGGGGCUCGGGGGGAUGUGCGGGCAGUGGGUGCCUGCCGCCUCGCCGCCCAUCUGCCACGGCAGCUGCCCCUCCACUGACGCCGGCGGGAGUCGGCCGCUUCCGCUCCUCUGCAGCUUCGCUCAGUGGGACCUCGCCGUCCCCUGACCUCGGGUCACCAUCAUGCUCGUCCCCACGGGCACCGCGCAGAGCAGGCCCGUGGCUGGCUGCCGGGCUGUGUGGACGCCCUUCGGCGUGAGCCUUGCCUGUGGCCCGGCCCCCUAGGUGCCGGCUUGCUCCCCCGCGCUCCACCCUCCGUCCCUCGGUGGCCUCAAUAAACUCCCUCUGGUUCGGCCGUU